UGAAUGAAAUGAUGAAUUAACUGAUAUCAUUUCUUUAUGAUUAUGAAUCUGGAUUUCAGACACAUUCAUUGCUGGAAAGAAUCAGGUUUGGACAAAAAGCAGACUACUUAAUUGAACCAAGCAUUUAGAUAAUGGAGAUUCGAGAAGAAACGCGUGCAAGAACCCAACUUAUAGUUCAACGUUUACAAGAGGCGCCACUACCAUGAUUCACUCACUAUUAAGACGCCCUUAGCUGAAGAAGCAUCAGCGGUUAAUGCACUCAAUCUCACCAUCAUUAAUCUCUCACUUUAAUUUUGUUACACACAAAAAUGAAAUUAGUUAACCUCUGAGUAUUUGAUUCAAACAGGUACCCUACAAAGGACACUCAUUUUCUUAAGGACAACGUCAAAAUUUGUACCUCCACCAGAAAAGAAGGAUUACCAAAGCCCGUUUCAAAUCUCCUGUUUCUUUAUAUGUUUGUUUAUGUAAUUUUAUAUUUUAAAAGGACGUGAGCUUGCUUAUUGUACAAUGGACAGACCAACUUUGCCCUCCUUUGAAGGCUUAAUUCUCCUUUUACAAGUCAGAAAACAAUGUAUUGGAUGCCCAAACCUGAUUAGUUCUGCUUUGCUUUGGCCAAAGGAAUAAAGUAAUAUGGCUAUUACCAAUUGCAAGACCCACCCACAUGCUCAAUUUUAUAUAAUAGUCCAAAAAUAUUCUGAUUCAGAAAAGGAAAUAGACAAGGACAUGACAGAAUGAUAGAGCCUUCCUCAUAUACGAAACCAUAACAUCCUGUACAGAAAAAGGGAAAGCCAUUGGAAUUAGAAUGUCCUAUAGUAUAUGUGCAACAACACAUAAGCCUCAACAAAGCAAAGCAAUCAAGAGAUCGCAUACACUAAACAUGUUGGCACCACCAAUUGAUUGCUAUGUUACCAAGCUUUAGCUUUCUGGUUCCCCGGUCAAAUAAACUAUUUCCUUUGCUUAAAUUCCUCUUCCCCACUCCACCAACCUCUUGCUUUACUCUCCCACUAACGCUCCUCUCUCCAUUGUCAAAUACAACCACCUUCUAUUAGCUUCCAUUCCUGCUAUCCAAAAAACUAUCAUUCAUAUUCACGGCUUAAUUUAUCUUUUCUGCUUCACGAGGUCCUACUCAGUUCUCCUUUCAAUGGACACUUCUGGCCAACAAUCUACAAAACAGCUAAAAGAUCACCUCCAACACCACCAAGAGCCUUUUUCGUUGCAGAGUUACCUCAUCGAAAGAAGUUACAUGUUCAACAACCUCAGCUAUGAGACUACCAACAUUCACCACCUUUAUUCAGCCAAGAAUCUGAAAUCGUCCAUCAAGUAUGAUUUACACAAGAUAAGGAAACGGCUAUUACAUGCUACGGGGAUACUAAGAUCACUACUAUACAAGUUCAUUCCCACAGAAGACAGCCAGGAGUUCUCAAACUGGGUUGAAGAGGACAACAGUGAUCUGUAUUAUGUGCAUGAAUAUUUAACAGCACACACUCAGGCAACUCAACAAACAAGGGCUAUGUCUCAUCAUUUUACUAAAAAUGAUGCUCCUCACAACAAGGUUUUGCCGGCGAAUAUGUUUCAGACAUUCACACUCCCCAAAUUAAAAAGAUCAGAGGUUGAUGCAGGAACCAAACCAUAUUGGAUAAGGUCAAAGGAGAAUAGCCAGCAGUGUAGUAGAGGACCAAAAUGGAAAGCACCAUUACCAAAUGCAGGUUGGACACUUUCACUAAAACCAGAAGGGGAGAAAAGUAUUACCACGUAUGCAUUGAUUUUAAUUUUUAACUUGCAUUAUUUGGGUGGUGAUGGAACAGUGUGCCGCUUAAAAAGUUCAGAUGAGCAGGUAACAGCUGUUCCAACUUUAUCCCAGAAACUUGUUAGAGACUAUGUAAGAAAGCUAGCGGCGAGCUCAAAUAUUUUGAAAUCGAGACGUGCAAAAAAAGACAAACUACAGGAGAUGGUUGAGACGGCUUCUUUGUGCGGAAGAAACAGAAGGAGCCUGGCAAAGAGGGAGCAGCUACGGUUUGACCAUGUAGAAAAAGACAAAGGGUUUCAUGAAAAUGAAGGUAAAAGUGUGUCAAGCAAAGCAGUUGCAGAAGCUGAGAGGUUUCAGAGUAUCAUACAUGAGCAUUUUAACGUGUUGGAGAAACAAUACAGAGAAGCUAAAAAGAUCAGGCACCUGUUGCAUGCAGAGUCCUGUGUGAUAUCAGAAGAGUGGAAAAGCUUCCAAAUCUUAAAUUUGGAGAUAUGCAUGGAGAUAGGAGAUUCAAUCACGGAUGACAUUGUAAGCGAAAUAACUGAUUUAUUUUAAGAAGGCCAUGUCCAUGUUCACUGGAACUGUAAUUUGCUUGGUUUAGUUUUAGCAUCACUGUUGAAUGUAUAAACAUUCAAAACUAUU